AUGGCGACGCCGGCCAGCUCGAGCGUGUUCGUGGCGCUGUCGCUGGCGGCCAUCAGCCUGCUCGUCCUGGCCCUGCUGCGGCGCUACCUCACCCUGCGCUCGACUCCCGCCUUCGUCCUCGUCCCCGUCUUCCUCGCCCUCGCUCUGCCGGCCAGCAUCGUCCUGCUCGUGCCCAUCGACCUCGCCUCCAGCCCGCCGGACAGCCGGGCUCCUGCUGGGAUAUGGCUCUCUGCCCGCUUCGUGCUCGUCUUCUGGCGCAUCGCCUACUGGCUCACCUUCGUCCUCACCUGGGCAAUACUGCCGUUCCUAGGGGAGUAUCUCGACUCGGGCCAUAGGUCGCCGCGGGAGCGCAUGCUCUACUCCCUCCGCUCCAACGCCCGGUACCAGCUCAUCGUGCUCUCGUCCGGCCUGCUGGGACUGAUAUACCUUGCCGUCACCCAUGAGCUGCGUUUCUCCUCUCUCCGGGGCCUGGUCAUGGCCCUCGCCUACGCCUGGGGUCUCGUGCUGGCCAUCUACCUGCUCGGUCACGGGCUGGUUGCCUUGCCUCGCAAGAUGUGGCGGGCUGCUUGGACCGCAGCAGGCUGCGCAGGCUGCAGCAGCGAGCUGUCCGGCAUCGAGAUGCAGGAGUGGGUAGACGAGCUGGUCGACCUUGCUGCUGCUGGUCGUGGCCAGGAAACACUACGAGGAGGAAGUGCUGCUGUUCAGAGUCUGCAGAGCGAAGGGAGAGUGUCGACCUCUACCGGGCCAGGCACAAGCAUGCUAGAUUCGCUGAUGCCUGGUCCCGUCUUGUCCCGCGAAGCCCUCGCCUGCCAGACCAUCCUUGACGCUGCAUCCUCAAAGCGACGCGUCUUUGACUCUCGCUCGUCGUUGUCGUCGUCGUCGCCGUCUUCGCCUUCUCCCUUCUCUGCUCCUUUGUUAACUCCUUACCUCCGAUACGUGCUAUACACCCACGUCCUACCGGCCAUCUACAUCUGCAUCUCAGACGCUCAGGUAUGGGGCAACCGGGCUCUCGUUCCUCGCAACACUUACCCUGAGUCUGCCUGCUGGUACGCCGGCCAGGUCGCCCGUCUCACCGUCCCUCUGGCCUACAACUUCCUCACUCUCUUGCCCAGAGACCUCCAGCUACGAACGACCUUCUACGACUUUUUGGGUAAAGGAAUCAACCUGACCCUCCUUGGAGAGGGAUUCGACCUGUUCUUCCCACUCUUCAUCCUCCUGCCUGUUGCUGCCACGAUGUUCAACCUCUACGGCAAAGUCAAGGGGCUGAUUGGCCUGGGAGACAUGGAGAUCAACGACGAGGAAGAGGAGGACAACCCGUCCGGUUUUGGAACCGGCGGGUGGCGGGAGGGCCGUUCCCUGGUCGAAACCGAGUUGAACGGGCCAGGGUAUCUCGGCCUGUCCAGCACGAGAACUCCCAGGGCCGCCCACGGGGGCACCAUACCAGACACCUUACCACGUUACAGAGAUGCACCGCCGUCCAGCACCACCGCCGCCGCUACCACUACUCCAGCAGCACGCGCUUCUACCAAUACUAAUAUCAAUCCCAUCUCUAAUUCUACCUCUAUUUCUACUACACGGCCGGCAGACGAGGACGACGACGAAGACGAGGGGUUCUUCCAGUCGUUUGCCCACCGCGUACGCAACACCAUCGACACCGCCAGCACGCCCAAGUGGCUCCAGGAUGUCGACGCAGGCUUCAAGCGGCCUCGAUGGAUGGGCGGCACCGAUGACGAGGCCGGGCCUGGCCCUUCCUCGUCCUCUCCAUCCACCGACUCAUCUGCCUUUGCCAGAUGGUUCGGCGGUGGCUCCGGUGGAGUGCGGCUCUAG